AUGAAUGAAGAAGAUUCCUUCCUUUAUGAUACCUUUCCUCAGGAAUUUUUGUGGGGAGUGGCCACUUCAGCCUUUCAGUGUGAAGGUGGAACCAAAGCCGGUGGUCGAGGUGUAAGCAUCUGGGAUACCUUUUGUCUUGACCCCUCAAACAUUCUUGACAAGUCAAAUGCAGAUGUCACCAGUGAUAGUUAUCACAAAUAUCAAGAAGACAUUAAACUUAUCAAGGAACUUGGUGUGAAUUUUUACCGUUUCUCAAUUUCUUGGGCACGUAUAAUUCCUGACCCAACUGGCAGUGGUGAGGUGAACUCAGCUGGUGUUCAGUAUUACAAUAACCUCAUAGACGGUCUUCUGGCUAUUGGAGUAAUGCCAUUGGUCACUCUCUACCAUUUUGAUCUUCCCCAAACCAUUGAAGACAAAGGUGGCUUCCUCAAUGAAUCUGUUUUGGUUGACUGUUUUAAAAAAUAUGCUGAUGUUUGCUUCAGUGAAUUUGGUGAUCGAGUAAAAUACUGGAUUACAUUUAAUGAACCAAAAGAGAUAGCAACACUGGGUUAUGGAAAUGGGUGCCUUGCUCCAGGUAUUAAAAGUCCAUUUGAUGGUGUGUACCAAGCAGCACACAACUUAAUCAAGGCCCAUGCUAGUGUAUGGCACCUCUAUGACCAUUCCUACCGAAACUCCCAGAAUGGAAAGAUUUUUAUUUCAUUGAGCUCCAAUUUCUUCAUGCCAAAAGAUGCUAACUGCCCAGAAGACGUUGAAGCUGUCGAGUUGGCCCACCAGUUUAGCAUAGGGUGGUUUGCUCAUCCAAUAUUCAUUGAUGGUGAUUAUCCACCUAUAAUGAAAAAUAAGAUAGCGGAGAUAAGCAAGAUAGAAGGUCGUGAAAAGUCACGUCUUCCUGAGUUCACAGAAGAGGAAAAGAAGUUCAUAAAAGGAACUUCUGAUUUCUUAGGUUAUAAUUACUACACAUCAAGACUUGUCUCAGUGCCAGACAGUGAUAUGCCUACAGAUAUUGACAUGAGUCUGUUUUUUUUAUAUGUUGUCCCACAAGGAAUCAGGGGCAUAUUGAAUUGGCUGAAGAAUGAAUAUAACUCAGUAGCAGUAUUUAUGACAGAAAAUGGAUUCUCCGAUUCUUCUGGGACAGUUGAUGACCCUGAACGAGUGCAGUUUUUUAAGUCUCAUAUUAAUGAAUUACUGAAAGCAGUGAAAAUUGAUGGUUGCAAUGUGGUUGCGUACACUGCCUGGACCCUACUGGAUAACUUUGAAUGGAUUUUUGGAUACACCUGUAGGUUUGGAUUAGUCAGUGUAGAUUUUGACACUGAAGAAAAAUGUCGAACACCAAAGAAAUCUUUUUACUUUUACUCAAAAGUUAUCAAGGAUAAUGGAUUUCCUGCUAUUUCAGAAUGA